ACAGCCCACCCAGCAGCUGAGGCCCGUCUCCUCUGAGCCGCCAUGGUCUGGGGCUCCGAGAGGCCGGCGCACGGCCGCGCUCGAAGCUCCCAGCCGCCCAACGACCCGCGCUAGCCCCUCGCCUUCCCGGGCGAGACCAGGGAGCGCGGCCCCGCCGGCCCCUCCUGUGCGGGGAGACCGGCCCCAGCCCGGGGCCGCGGAGAAGGCCGCACCCGCUGAGCGCCAGGAAGAGCCCGAGGCUCGCUGCCCCGCGAGGGCGAGCACCGGCAGACACCGGCGGCCCCCCCGGGCUGAGGACGCAAGCCGGGGCUCACAUACCUUAGAGCAGCCGCGGAUUCCUGCGGAGGAACGCUCCUCGCACAGUGACAGGUAACUAAAGAGGCUCAUGGAUCCUGAGAGAGCUGGCAUGACUCACUUCGUCGUGCAGAGCACGUUGCUAGGACAGACUGGACUUCUCAUGAUGGGAGCUGUCAGGUGGCAGGUUCCCAGAAGAUACCAUGAAUAUGUCACAGCUCCCAACCAGCAAAGGCUAAGUGCCAGUCCCCUUCAGCUAAUGAGAAAUGAAUGCUCCAGAGCCACGCACUCAGCACUGUCUCCUCCGUUCACCACCACCCCAAAAGUUUACACUGCCAUCUUCACAACUCAUAUCCCAGAACGCGCAGCUGGGGUGUACCACAGGGAAUCACGCUCUGGGAAGUACCAGCUCACCUAUGCAGAAGCAAAAGCAGUGUGUGAAUACGAGGGAGGACACCUAGCCACGUAUCAGCAGCUGGAGGCGGCAAGAAAAAUAGGUUUCCAUGUGUGUGCUGCUGGCUGGAUGGCAAAGGGCAGAGUUGGUUAUCCCAUAGUAAAAGCUGGAGCCAACUGUGGCUUUGGAAAAACUGGUAUUGUUGAUUAUGGGAUUCGCCUCAACAGAAGCGAGAGAUGGGAUGCCUACUGCUACAACCCUAACGGAAAAGAAUGUGGUGGAGUCUUCACAGAUUCAAAACAUGUUUUUAAGUCACCAGGCUACCCAAAUGAGUAUGAAAAUGAUCAAAUUUGCUACUGGCAUAUUAGAGUAAAGUAUGGACAACGUAUUCAUCUACAGUUUCUAGAGUUCGAUGUUGAAGACGACACUGCUUGUAUGGCUGAUUUCUUGGAAAUCUAUGAUAGCUAUGAUGACAUCAAUGGCUUUGUGGGCAGGUUUUGUGGAGAUGAGUUGCCAGAUGAUAUCAUUAGCACAGGCAAUGUUAUGACCUUGAAGUUUUUGACAGAUGCCUCAGUGACAGCUGGUGGUUUUCAAAUUCGAUAUAUAACUAUAGACACGCCUUCAAAGUCAAGUGAUGGAAAGAAUACAACAUCCCAAGGGAAAACAAACUUCUUAGCUGGAAAAUUUGGUAUCAUGUGAGCAGGAUAAUGAGAUACACUCAUUAAGAAACAUGUUUUAGAACCCAACGCAGAUAUUUGUUUCUUCAGAUAAGACAUUUUCUUCAUAUCUUUCUGACUUUUUAUUUUCUGCUUUUAUAUAAGUUUUGUUACAAAAGUAUACUAAGAAAUAAAUUAUAAAAUGUACUUACAGGAAUAAUAGAAGACUAUUUUUAGAGUACAAGUACUGUAAAAAUCUGAAGAAUUCAUUGUUACCAAAGAUUUUAAAAUUAUUUUUCUAUGUAAACUGCUCCCUCUCCUCAUUUCUUGCACCAGUUGAACAAACUUUUUAUGUGACCGCUUCAAUUAUUUUUAAAUUUAAUAUGCUGUUCUCUUCUUAUUUUCCUUCAUUUCCACAUAUUUAUUUUUUAUGUUGUUGCUUUGUUUCUUCCUGUUCUCUACACAUUAUUAUUUUUUUAAUGAACUCAUUUCCCUGAACUCAAAAGGCCUUUAGAGUAAGCUCAUUUUUAAGGCACAUAAAUUCAUCUUGUGGAUGGCCUAGCAGCCACCCAUGUAAUUGUCUGAAGUCAGAAGAUUGGGAAGCAGCACGAACAGCACAGAAUCAAUUAUAUUGUCACCAUAAUUUUGUUGUGAGCUGAAUCAGAAACUACUCAUUGAAUUUUGUCAGGGUUUCCUCAUCCAGAGAAGAGAUGCUCAAGUCCUUUCACUUCUCUGAUUUCACUUAGUAAAGAAUCAAAUGAAAGACUUGGUCAUGAUAAUGAAACUGGUGAGAUGAAGCAUCAGAAGAAAUUGCUAACUGAGUACCAGCAAAUCUGUUCAGAAGAUACUGUUGAGAUGCUGUAUGUUGUUUACACGGGUUUUAAGACUGUACUAUUUUGAAUUGAUGAACAUAAUUUCUCCAUAUGUUUUUUAGUUUCAGUUUAAAUUCCUCAGUCUGAAGCAGCAUUAAAGCUACCUCUGUUUU